UUUCGGUUUUCUUUUCCUCUUUUUUUUCUUCAUGUCGACAAUACUUCAGUAAGCCUCACCCAAGCUUCCUCCCAUCCAUCUAACACUUCGCUGACCAUCCUUCCCCCCUUCCCACAGGAGAAUCAUUUCUAUAGUAUUCGUCUUCUUCUUGGUUCCCCAAAAGAGCCACAGAUUCCACCCGGGUUGAUGACCACAAAUCCUCGACACCCUAGAGUGAAGCCUUUUCUUCUAACUCUCGCUCUGCCUGCAAAGGCGGCGGUCCGGCCUCGCGUCGCGGCUGUACAGAGAGUGGUGAUGAUCUCUACCCCGGUUUCCGAGGUCUUGCCUUUGGGCGCUUGGACGGGGUGGGUGUUGAUGGACGUCUGACCGGCCUCUUUU